GCGUGGUGCUCCGCGGGCCCAAGCUGCCGCUCUGGCUCUGCUCCUGUGGGUGCGCAUCCAACUGGGCAAGCAGGCUCAGGUGCAGAGAAUGCGACAGGCGGUGCUCCACCAAGGUUGAGGACGCUGCCAGGAAGGCGCACAAGGAGGCGAUCAAGGGCGGACCCAAGCCGGGCAGCCACCCGCAGCCCCGCGGGGUCUGGGCGCGGCAGAAGCUGGCCCCGUGGGAGCAUGACAAGCUCCAGCGCCAGGACAGCGAGCUGGCCGCCCUUCGGCAGCAGGUCGAGGCGCUCAAGGCGGACAGCGCCAAGGCCAAGCUGACAGCCCUCAGUGACCUCAAGGAGGAGCUCCAGAAGCUCGGGGGAGGCGAGCAGGCCACGAGCUGCGUCAAAGCUGUGGAGGCCAAGUACUCAGAGCCGCCCAAGCCCAAGAGCCUUCCAGCCCUCGAAGGGCAGCGCAGGAAGCUCGAGGGGCAGCUCCAGAAGGCGCUCGGCAAGGUCGCAGAGCUCGAGGACCAGCGUGCCAAGCUCGACCUGCGGAUCGGCGAGGCCAAAGACUCGGUCGCUGAGCUCAAGGGCAAGUUGCAGGCGGCCGACGCCGAGAUCGAGUCCCGCCACGCCGCAGGCGUCCUCGGCGACGGGCUCAGGGGCUUGGCCAAGGUCCUCGAGCAGUUCAAGGCUAAUUACGGCAGUGGAGAACCAGGAGAAGAGUCCGUACCCGUCCCCGACGAGCUGGUCGACAGUCUCAUGGAGGACGCCCCAGAAGGCGAGAGUCACGAGCAGCGGCGCAAGCGCAUCAGCGACCUCAUCGGGGCACAGUUCAAGAGGCGGCCAGCUGCAGAUAUCACCUUCGUGCAGGAGACGCGGGUGCGUGAAGGCGGCAGAGAGGCAGCCCAGCGGUGGCAUCGCAAACGCGGCUUCGACUUCGACCUGGCUGCAGGGCUCAGCACGGGUGAAGGGCAACUGUCUGUCUCAGGCGGGGUGGGCAUCGGCGUGCGGCAGCGGCUUGCGGUUGCCACGAUCGACGCCAAGUUCAAGCAGCCCCGCCGCGUGCUUAGACGGGUGGUCAACAUAGGCGACGGGCUCGCCAUCGAUCUCAUGUCGGUCUACCUUCGCGACGGGGAGGGCAUGGGCGAGGCCGACGCAAACAUCCUAUGGGACGUAGCGUCGCAGCUCAGAGUGGCUCCUCGGCCGUGGAUUCUAGCUGGUGACUUCAACAUGGACCCCCUCCAGCUCGCGGCGUGGGCGGCCACGGCUGGAGGACUCGCGCUGCAGACAGGCGCGGCGACCUGCAGGGCGGGGGUGCUCAGGGAGCUGGAUUACGCGGUCAUCUCCGACGAGCUCCAGCACUUCGUGUUCAGCCACGGGCCAGUGGUCGAAUCCCCGAUCGGGCCGCACAGCCCCGUCCUGUUGGAAGUUCGAGGGCUGCGUGCGGACGCCACGGUGCAGCAGCUACACCGCACAGCGCGGCUGCCGCUUGUUCGGGCCAUCGGCUGCACCCCCUGGGCACCGCUGCCUGCCUGGACCUGGGAAGCGGGCGCGCCCCCCCCUAGCCCGAGGGCUGCCAUGCAGGAGUGGUUCAGGCACGCCGAGGGCUACCUUCUCCCGCUCCACGACCUUUGCGGCGACGAGGCCCAGAAGUUCGCAGGCAGGGCAGACGGAGUGCGCUUCGUCAACGUCUCGAUCGCCGACGCCAGCCGUCGCCGCUGGGCACAGCUCAGCUCGCAGGAAACCCUCUCCUGGGGCGGUCUUGUCAGCCUGCUGCAGCGGGCCGACUUGCUGGCGGCGCGAGGGAAGGACUCGCAGGGCUUGGCCAGCCUGGGCAGCCGCCUGAAUGCGAUGCGCCUGGCCGACUACGACGGCAGCUGUGGCCCUGUGCCCAGGGGAAAGCUGGGCGCCGCAGCUACCUCCAGCGACGUGGCAUUGAGGAGGGGGCUCAUCGAGCGCGCCAGGGCUCAGCACCAUGCCAGCCAGCGCGGCGACGCCGCAGCAGCCAGGAAGCAGUGGCAGGCCUGGGCCAAGGGUGCUGCCACGGGCGUGAGGAAGCUGGCCCAUCGCUUCUCCAAGCCCGAGCCGCUGGCCAAGGCGACCCUCGUCACGGCAGACGAGGACGAGGGCGGCGCGCUUCCCGUCAACGGCGAGGAGGCAGUGCAGCACUGCCUCAAGGAGUGGCUCCCGCUCUGGCUCGACCCUCGACGCCGAGGGGGGCUCGAGGAGGCGGCCAGCUGGGAGGCAACCGAGCCGCUGCCGCACCUCGAGGUGGACAGCCCCAGGUACCUGCUGAAGCGGCACGGGAG